AUGGACGGCAGGCCCAUGAGAGACUGGAGACUUCCUAUGCAACCAAAUUCUUUGAUAGCCGUGUUUUCUACUAUUGCUAAGUCGGCGCUUCUGGUCCCACUAUCCGAAUGCAUUGGACAACUAAAAUGGAUAUACUUCCAAACCCCCCAGCCAAAGCCUGUCAAUCGUCUCGAUGAUUUUGACGUGGCCACUCGAGGGCCAUGGGGGGCCUUGACCUUUAUUUUCCAGCUGCGCUUGAGAAAGUCCGCCGCUUUGGCAUCCUUUGGGGCAGCAUUGACAAUCUUUUCGCUUGGUUUUGAGCCAUUCACACAGCAGGUCCUCAGAAUCUACUCCAAACCCGCUCUGCUAGCCAAUACUACUGGGACUGUAAGCUCGAGCAAAGCAUUCUCAGAUGUGUGGAGUACAGAGAAUGCUGAUCUGGCUGGCAUGGAGUAUCCUCUGACUCUUGGAUCCAUAGAGCAUGUCUCUUUGCAGGAUAUCAACUUACUAAGCAAUGUAUACUGCCCGACAGCAGAAUGCCAACUCGAUCAAUUUCUCUCUCUGGGUCUUUGCGAUUCAUGCACCUCCCAAGACGCGUCUCUCGAUGGCAACUUCUGGAACGGCGCUGCUCAACAUGAGGAUGAGUACCAAGGAUGUAUCAAUACCGCACAAUUCGGCAACAAUGAAACAGAAUUCCGCUGGAAUUAUACUGGGAUGAAAUAUCACGUUGCAGCCGGGGAGCCAGUUCGGUGGGAGAGGAAAUGCAUAAUCAGGAAGCCGGGGUACCCGGAAUUGGAUAUGCGGAUUAUCACGGAUUACAUAGGUGGCGAGGCAUGGCCCAAAGUGGGUGUAACCAACUCAGAUCUACGGUUUUCCAAUGGAUAUCGACUGGGUAUCAUUCGUUUGGAACAGGAUCUUCUGGACAGGUCGCUCCGCCUCUACACUGCGUUGAAUAGCGAUCCAGUAUGGAACCCAUCGAACUCUACUCCGCAAAUAGAGUUCUGCAUCGGAGACUAUGAACGCUUCCAGGAUGGUAAAAUACUCGACCCUUACAAGCUACCACUUCCAGCUGUUUCUGCAUUCACUUGCUUCAAGUCGACAUCUGAUAUCACGCGUGUCGCCGAAAUUGAUCGACUCGGAUUGGUAAACGGAACAAUAUCUCACUGCAAACUGAGCUAUUGUGCGAAGCGAUACUCCGGUACCACGAUACGAAAUACGGUCGUAAGUUACGACUCAUUGGAGGAAUGGCCACUGCACCCGACUGGCGACGACCCGUACAAAGCAGGAUCCGGAUAUGAUCAAGCAUUUCGCGCAGAAGGCCUGAACGAGACAUUCUACAUCGGCAAUCAUUCGACCCUCUGGCUCGGCUCUUCCAUGUCAAGGUUCUUCAAAUCUACCACACUGAGCACAUACCUCUUGACAUACUUUAUGCACCACACAUGGCCUGACUUCUUCCAAGGCCUUGCGCAAGUAGGAAGCAAAGUCAUACAAGGUCCUGGCAACUUCGCAGCUAUCAACAACACCAGUGAAGCUUACGGGCCGGAGAUCUUCGUCGAUGUGAGAUGGGCCUGGCUUGCGUAUCCACUGGCGCUUCUUGUUUACUCAACGUUAUUCUUGCUGCUGACGGCGCUGGGUAGCAGAAGGCGCUCUUACCUCUUUAAGAACUCGAUAUUAGCUGUGUUGGUCCAUGGACUGGAAGGUUGGGACGCGGCGGAUGGUCCUGACCUGCUCACGGUGGCGAAGGAGAGGAAUAGUGACCUGAAGCGAGCUCUGGGACCGGCGAAAGUGUCUCUCGCUGAGAAUGACUACGGUUUACUAAAGCUCAAGCGUGACUGA